AUGAAGAGAAGGCAGAAGCGUGUGUUGCAAAUGGCCUUUUUGUUUAUGGUGGCUUUGAUUUUCCUGCCAAACGUCGGCUUGUGGUCACUGUACAGAGAGAAACACCUUAUGAAUAAAUUAAACAUUGACUCAGACCAAAAGUGGUUAAGUGUCUUGAGAGCAGUCACCCAGCUCGACGGACACAUUUACACGUGGACGGACGGACUGAGGAGGAAAGACUGGCAUGACAACGAGAGCAUCAGGAAAGACGAGCUGCGUGUCGGGAAAGGGGAGCAGGGGAAACCGUUUCCUCUGGCGGAGGACGAGUGUGAUGACUCGGUGUACAAAGAGAAUGGUUUUAACAUUUACGUGAGCAACAACAUCGCUCUGGAUCGCUCCCUCCCUGACAUCAGACACCCAAACUGCAAACAGAAGCUCUAUCUGGAAAACCUUCCCAACACCAGCAUCAUCAUUCCUUUUCAUAACGAGGGCUGGUCUUCUCUCCUGCGAACCAUCCACAGCAUCAUCAACCGUACUCCCGACCACCUCAUCGCUGAGCUCAUUUUAGUGGACGACUAUAGCGACCGAGAGCAUCUGAAAGGUCGACUGGAGGAGUACAUGUCCCGUUUUCCCAAGGUGCGAAUAGUGCGCACUAAAAAGAGGGAGGGUCUGAUCCGGACACGGCUUUUGGGGGCCUCCGUGGCCCGGGGAGAAGUGCUCACCUUCCUGGACUCCCACUGCGAGGCGAACGUUAACUGGCUACCUCCUCUGCUCGACCAGAUAGCCCAGAAUCCUCGGACCAUCGUAUGCCCCAUGAUCGAUGUCAUCGACCACAACCAUUUUGGCUACGAGGCGCAGGCAGGGGACACCAUGAGAGGGGCGUUUGACUGGGAGAUGUACUACAAACGGAUCCCCAUCCCACCGGAGCUCCAAAGACCCGACCCCAGUGACCCCUACGAGUCUCCAGUGAUGGCUGGAGGCCUCUUUGCUGUCAGUCGGCAGUGGUUCUGGGAACUUGGAGGCUACGACACAGGCCUGGAGAUCUGGGGAGGGGAACAGUAUGAAAUAUCCUUUAAGGUUUGGAUGUGCGGGGGUAGCAUGUACGACGUGCCCUGUUCCAGAGUGGGACACAUCUAUCGGAAAUACGUCCCUUACAAAGUCCCCACGGGAACCAGCCUGGCUAGAAAUCUGAAGCGUGUAGCUGAGACGUGGAUGGAUGAAUACACAGAGUACAUUUAUCAGCGGCGGCCGGAGUAUCGGCACCUCUCCACCGGAGAUCUGACUGCACAGAAGGAGCUACGCAAGCAGCUCAAGUGUAAAGAUUUCAAAUGGUAUAUGAACACUGUGGCCUGGGACCUCCCCAAAUACUACCCACCUGUGGAACCCCUACCGGCCGCCUGGGGAGAGAUCCGAAAUGCCCCGUCCGGUUUGUGCAUCGACACCAAACACGGCUCCACCGGCACAGAGCUGCGUCUGGACACGUGUCUGAAAGAGGGAGCGGAACGCACGUGGGCGCACGAGCAGAUCUUCACGUUCGGCUGGAGGGAGGACAUUCGCCCCGGAGAUCCGUUACAUACCAGAAAGUUCUGUUUCGACGCCAUCUCUCAGAGCAGUCCGGUCACUCUGUAUGACUGCCACGGGAUGAAGGGGAACCAGCACUGGAGCUACAGGAAGGACAAAUCUUUGUACCACCUGGUGAGCAGUGGAUGCAUGGACUGCAGCCCCAGUGAUAAGCGGAUUUUUAUGAACAAAUGUGACCCCCAGUCAGAAACGCAAAAGUGGCUGUUCCAGAGAGUCAAUGCCACCAUUCUGGACAAAUUCAACAGUCCCGCCAACUCGUAG